UGCUCGCUCGGCGCGCAGCGGCCGGGAAUGGGGGAGCUGCUGCUGCUACUCUGCCCGCGCCCCGCGGCUCCGGCGCCGCCUCCCGCUUUCUCGGCCUGAAGCGCUCCUGCUCUCGUGGAUCCCGGCAGGGAAGGGGCCAUGGGCCGCCUCCCCGAGGCGCGGCGGCUGUGAGGCGGCUGGCGUUCGCUCAGGGAGCCGGAGGAAGGCUGCCGGCUGCCGGCCGGCCCGCGCCGGGCAGGAGAGUGCCGCUCGCAGGCGGCGGCGGGCGCGCAGGCAGCACCUCGGUGCCGGCGACUCGGGGGUGCCGCUGCCCGCCCGCGCCCGGCCGCGGCGGUGCAUGGAUGCGCCAUGGCCACGCUGGUGUGCCGGGUGCAGCUGCUGGAUGACACCGACCCCUUCAACAGCACCAACUUCCCCGAGCCCACCCGGCCGCCGCUCUACACCUUCCGAGAGGACAUCCCGCUCGCCACCCAGCUGGCCGGCGUGCACCGCCUGCUCCGCGCCCCGCAGAAGCUUGAUGACUGCACCCUUCAAUUGUCUCACAACGGUACCUAUCUGGAUCUAGAAUCUACCCUAGCAGAACAAAGAGAUGAAUUAGAAGGCUUCCAGGAGGAUGCUGG